AUGGCGUUCAGCUCAACUAGGAAAACUAUACAGUUACUGAUAGUCAUUCUUUCAUGUAUUCUUUCAGUAUUAGUUCGUCUAUUUUCCAAUGUUAUCAAUGAGCCAAUUAUUCACGAAUUCGACCCUCAUUUCAACUGGAGAUGCUCACAAUUUAUCGAUCAACAUGGUUUUUAUGAAUUUUUAGGCUGGUACGAUAACAUUUCAUGGUAUCCACAGGGCCGUCCAGUUGGUGAAACAUCAUAUCCAGGUCUUAUGUACACAUCCGUUUUAUUCAAGAGAGUACUUGAUUUCUUCCACAUCAAAAUCUCACUUCUUCAAGUCUGUGUCCACAUGGGUCCAGUUUUCGCUACAUUAACCUGCUUACUUUCUUUCCUUUUCGGCCAACUCAUCUACGAUUCAUCUCUUGGCUGUGUCUUUUGCAUCCUCUCAUCAUUCGUUACAGGUAUCAUCUCACGUUCCGUUGCAGGAUCCUACGAUUAUGAGUGCAUUGCUCUUUUCAUCAUGCUUUUAGCCCUUUUCUCAUUUGCCUAUGCUCUUAAGAACGCCUCCAUUUUACUCUCAAUAUUAUCCGCCUUCUCUUUCGCCUACAUGGCCCUCACAUGGGGUGGUUACGUUUUUGUCGCCAAUGCCAUUCCUCUUUUCACUGUCGGUCUUAUUGCAAUCGGUCGCUAUUCAUGGCGCUUGCACGUUACAUACAGCAUCUGGGCAGUUGUCAGCUUAAUUUUAAUUGUUCAGAUCCCAUUCAUUCAUGAGAAGCUUAUUUCCAAACCAGAGCACUUUGCCAUGAUUGCCACACUCUUUGGCAUCCAAGGCUGGGGCUUCUUUACAUAUAUUAACACCUCAUUUUCAAAGAAAACAUUUACAACGAUUUCAACCUUCGUUAUCUGUUCCGUACCAUUAUUAUUCUUCGUCAUUACAAUUCUCCUUUCUACAGGCCUUGUCGGCGACUUUUCCGGCCGUCUAUUACUUAUGUUCGAUCCAAGUUACGCUGCAAAGAACAUUCCUAUUAUUGCCUCAGUUGCCGAGCACCAGACAUCAUCAUGGUCCGCUUAUUUCAUGGAAUGCGCCUUCUUUAUGGGCAUAUUCCCAGUUGGCUGCUUCUUCCUCAUCAAAGACCAGAUUAAGAUCAAGAAUUCCAUUCUCACCGAAGCCUCCAUGCUUCUCUUAAUCUACGGCCUCUCAACUCUCUAUUUCGGAGGCAUCAUGAUUCGUUUGGUCCUUGUUUUCUCUCCAGCCUGCGUUUACAUUGCCGGCAUUGCCAUCCACAAGAUCUCCAAGGCCGCAUUCCGUGCCAAACACGGUCCGAAAUGGGCAGCCAUUUCAUCCUUAUUCUUUAUCUGCGUUUUCUCUUUGUAUCACUCUGUCUGGUUUGCCUGCUACUCGUAUUCCGGCGACCACAUCCACUUCUGGGUGAAUACUCCUCGCGGACAGGAAUCAUCAGAUGAUUACAGAGAAGGAUACAGAUGGUUGUGGGAGAAUACACACAGAGAUGACAAAGUAAUGAGUUGGUGGGAUUAUGGCUAUCAGAUCACUUCAAUGGGUGGUCGCGGCUGUAUGGCUGAUGGUAACACUAACAACUUCACUCACAUCGGUAUCAUUGGCAUGACAAUGGGAUCUCCUGAAGAAGUAUCAUGGAGAUUGGCGAGAAUGAUGAACAUGAAGUACUUGUUGGUCAUUUUCGGAGGUGCUUCUGGAUACGAUGGUGAUGAUAUCAACAAGUUCAUGUGGAUGCCAAAGAUCGCUAACCAGACAUUCCACAACAUCUCUGGUUCAAUGUUCCAGAAGAAGGAAGGAUACCCAAUUGUUGGCCAGAUACAGACAGAUAAUAUGACUCACUCAAUGAUGUUUAAGAUGUGCUACUACAACUUCAAGGAUUAUCAGAUUCACCCAACUGUUCAGAAGGGAUAUGAUAUCGCAAGAAGAACUCAGAUAUCAAGAGGACUUGAUACACUCAAGUUCAAUUUGUUCGAGGAAGCAUUCUCUACAAAGAACUGGAUCGUCAGAAUUUAUAAGGUACUCGAUGAUCCACAAUGGAAUAGGGUCUAUUAA